AUGGCAACUGACGCUAUUAAAAGUCGUUGUAUUACAUGUGAUAAAGAAAAACGUACUGUUCGAUGUGAAGGUUGUUUACAAUUAUUUUGUUAUGAUCAUUUAACAGAUCAUCGUCAAGAAUUAAAUAAACAAUUACAUCAUGUAGAAUUAAAUCUUGCGGUUUUUCGUCAAACACUUAAUGAACAAACAAAUCAUCCACAAAUACAUUCAUUAAUAAAAGAAAUUAAUAAAUGGGAAGAAGAAUCAAUUCAUACAAUUGAAAAAACAGCUAGGGAAUGUCGAGAAGUUUUAUUGAAACAUAGCAAUGAGCAUUUUAAUGAUGUGGAAAUUAAUUUAACGAAAUUAUCGGAACAAUUAAAAGAUAUUCAUCAAGAAAAUGAUUUUAAUGAAAUUGAUUUAAAUCAAUUUAAUCUAAAAUUAAAACAAUUAUCACAAGAACUUGAUAAACUAUCAACAAUUUCAAUUCAACAAGAGACUACACCACUUAUUCAUAAAAUUUCGGUUUUUGUAUCAACUGUAAAAGCUAUUUCUUCUAUAAAUAUUAAUAAUCAUACAAAAUGGAAACAAUACGGAUCGACUAUUGCUGGAGGUUAUGGUGAAGGUGAUCAAUCUAAUCAACUCUAUUGGCCUUAUGGAAUUUGUGUUGAUGAUGAUCAAACAAUUUAUAUUGCUGACUGGUGGAAUCAUCGUAUUGUCAAAUGGAAAUAUGAUACAAAUCAUGGACAAGUUGUUGCUGGUGGAAAUGGAAAAGGAAAUCGAAGAGAUCAAUUGAAUCUUCCAACUGAUGUAAUUCUUGAUAAAAAUAAUGAUGCUCUUGUUAUAUGUGAUUGGGGAAAUAGACGAGUAGUACGUUGGUCUCGUCGAAAUACAAAAAAUCGUCAAACAAUCAUUUCUAAAAUUGAUUGUUCACAAUUAACAAUUGAUCAUAAUGGAGAUCUUUAUGUUUCAGAUUGGAGAAAGAAUGAAGUAAGACGAUGGAAACAAAAUGAUAAGAAAGGAAUAGUCGUAGCUGGUGGAAAUGGUAAAGGCGAUCAUCUCAAUCAACUUAAUUUUCCUACUUAUAUUUUUGUUGAUAAAGAAGAGUCAGUUUAUGUAUCAGAUUCGGGUAAUGAUCGUGUAAUGAAAUGGAUGUCAAGUGCAACAGAAGGUAUUGUUGUUGCUGGUGGACAAGGUGAAGGAGAUAAUCUUGCACAAUUAUCAUAUCCAGAAGGAAUUAUUGUUGAUCAUUUGGGUAAUGUUUAUGUAGCUGAUUCAGGUAAUAAUAGAAUUAUGCGUUGGUCAAAAGGAUCUCGUGAAGGUUCAAUUAUUGUUCGUGGAAAUGGCGAAGGAAAACAACCAAAUCAAUUCAAUUGUCCUAUUUGUUUAUCAUUUGAUCAAGAAGGUAAUCUCUAUGUCGUCGAUUGGGGUAAUCAUCGAGUGCAAAAAUUUGAUGUUGAGGUUGAUUGA